UUAAUUUGAAAUUAAAAGGGGAGCAGGAGAGAUUGUUGAAAGGAGCUGGGGAAAGCAAGGGAAGGAGGUGACACCCGAGAGUCCUGGAUCACCCUACCCCAACCAGCCUCUGUCGCUGCUGCUUUGUUCCAUAUUUAGUUCCUGACAACUGUGCCUGGGGCAGGAACUCCCAGCUCUGUUUUCCCUCCUCUCUGCACUCCCAGAGCUCUCAGAAGUUGCUCUUUCUCUCUCCCAGUGGCUGUAGGUCAAGCCCACUGCACUGCAGAAGAUGGCAGAGAAGCAGGAGGAGCCCAGCAACGCCCAGAACGGGGAACCCGACAACGCCGAGGAGGGCGAGGGCAAGAAGAAGAAGGUGAAGAGGGAAGACCUGCCACCCUUUGAAAUCGUGACAGGGGAACGCCUCCCAGCCAUCUUUUUCAAGUUCCAGUUCAGGAACGUGGAAUACAGCUCCGGCAGGAACAAGACCUUCCUGUGCUACGUGAUGGAGACGCAGGGCAAGGAGCCGGCGACGAGCCGGGGUUACCUGGAGGACGAGCACGCGGCGGCCCACGCCGAGAUGGCCUUUCUGAACACCAUCCUGCCCCGCUGCGAGCCCGGCGCGCGCUGCACCGUCACCUGGUACGUGUCGUCCAGCCCCUGCGUGGGCUGCGCCGAGCGCAUCGCCGACACGCUGCGCAGGAACAAGGCCCUGCACCUCACCAUCAUGGUGGGCCGGCUCUUCAUGUGGGACCAGCCCGACGUGCAGGAGGCUCUCCGCAGCCUGAAGGCGGCCGGCUGCAAGCUGAGGAUCAUGAAGCCUCAAGACUUUGAGUAUGUGUGGCAGAACUUUGUGGAGCAGGAGGAAGGGGAGGAGGCGAAGUCGUUCGUGCCCUGGGAGGACAUUCAGGAGAACUUCCAGUACUACGAGGAGAAGCUGGCUGAGAUCCUGCACUGAGGCUCACGACCUAUUCAGAGAUCUAUGAAGAGAAGUGACAGACCUGGACACCUGGGACACUCCACUUCCCAAAGCUUUGAUUCCAGUAGGAUGGAGAACCAGCUUCUGGAAGACAAAGCCCUGUGGGACUACGAACACAACCGAUAACACAGACCUUUGGUGUUUGGGAUUUUUUUGGGUGUAUUUUGUUCCUCCCCCUCCCUGCCCCAACCAAACCCACGCUGUGGUGAAAGGGAUGGCAGUGACCUACAGGGGAAGCUGUGGGAUCACAUUCUGGGAAUACUCCAUGGGAAAAGAUCUUA